AUGACAACCUGUGGCUGUGACUUACUCGGUGGUUGUGGACUCUCAGAGACUCACUGUGAAGUCGUGGCCUCAGCUCUGAAGUCAGACCCCUCACAUCUGAGAGAACUGGAUCUGAGUCACAACAACUGGCUGUAUGAUUCAGGAGUGAAGCUGCUGUGUUCUGGACUGGAGAGUCCAAACUGUCGACUGGAGACUCUGAGGUUGAAUCACUUCCUUCUGUCAGAGAUCAGCUGUUCUUCUCUGGCUUCAGCUCUGAGGUCAAACCCCUCUCAUCUGAGAGAACUGGAUCUGAGUAACAACAACCUGCAGGACUCAGGAGUGAAGGAGCUGUGUGGUUUUCUACAGAGUCCAACCUGUCAACUGGAGACUCUGAGGUUGAAGAACUGCAGUCUGUCAGAGAUCAGCUGUUCUUCUCUGGCUUCAGCUCUGAGGUCAAACCCCUCUCAUCUGAGAGAACUGGAUCUGAGAAGAAACAUCCUGCAGGACUCAGCAGUGAAGGAGCUAGUUGAUCUACAGCAGAGUCCAACCUGUCGACUGGAGACUCGUAAGGACUUCGAAGCAACGGAGCCUCACAGCUCAACAGAACCGCGAAAGCAGAAACCGCACGAGCCAGAAGACUUCACACAGCUGGCAGGACAAACGGCUAACUGA